AUGCUCAGCACUGCUAGUGUGCAGAGGUUCCUCGUAAAUGCUGGUCUUACCAAGCUGGCGGGCCUGAGGACGGCAGGGCAGUGGAAAACGGCUGCCAAGUUGGCUCAGGAGACUGGGAUCAGGUCUCUGCGCUUUCUGGAGAAGCUGGUGGAAGAGGUCAUGGGUGUUCUUCCUGGACUCGUCAGGGCUGCGCUGGGGACUCGCUCUGCAGGUGGUCAACCACGUUCAGCUGACUUCCCUUUGCUGUCUGUUUGUGCAGCAGUUGGGGAGCAGGAUGAGGAGGGAGGCUCUCUUCUUUCCUUUCGAACACCUGUUCUGGGUGACCUGUCAAGGAUUUCGAAGAAGGCUAUAUAUGAGGUGGCUGUAAAGGUGCUGAACAGGGGAUUGUUGGCUGGUGUUCUGGAGUCGAGGUGGUCAGACGACCAAGAGGAGGUGACAACAUGGAAAACGUCAGACUUCAUCAUCCUACCCUGCAAAACAAAUCUUGUGCUGCCUGAGGACACCACAGUGGAGUGGACUCAUGCUGACCUAGUGGUUUAUGUCUAUUCAAAGAGAAGUGACCACCUUAAGAAACAGGAUGGCCUUUACAGAGACCGAACGAAGAUGAACGAAGACCUGAACAAAGACAUCCUGAGACAGAAAGUAGUGCUGCAGGUCAAAGAACCAUUUCCAUCCUGGGCCACAGCUCUCCUGGUUCUCUUGGGCCUCCUGGUUCUUCUUGUGGUUUCUGGAGGUCUCAUAUAUUAUUUCCGGCACUAUUUCAUGUCAGGUUACCAGAUUAAGGUGGAUUCAGGGGUGGAGUCUGUCAUGCUGCCCUGCAAAGCCAGAGUUCACCUGCCUGAAGAUGGUAAAGUGGAGUGGACGGAUAAAAAUGGAAAGGUCCACGUGUAUGAGAACGGCUCUGACAAACCUGAAUACCAGCACCCAGAUUUUAAAGCCAGAACCAAGAUAAAGAAAAAUCUGCUGAAGUUUGGAGACUUCAGUCUGACCCUGAAAUACCCCACAAUCACAAACACCUACACCUGCACCGUCUACAGCAGGGAGAGAAACAUCCUGAUGGAGAAAAAAGUGGAGCUGAAAGUCAGAGUCCCCCAGGUGGAGGUGGAAUCAGGAGAGUCUGUCCAGCUGCCCUUCAUAAUCUCUUCAAAACUUCCCCUGCUUGACAUAGCAACCAUUGAGUGGACAAACACAUACAACACGAAGGUCCACGUGUAUCAGAAGAGCUCUGACCAUACUGGAGCACAGGACAAGAUCUACACAGAAAGAACGAAGAUGAAUGAAGACCCGCUGAAAACUGGAGACCUCAGUCUGACCCUGAAAUACCCCACAGAUGGAAACACGGGUAUCUACACCUGCACCGUCUACGACAGCGAGAGAAACAUCCUGCUGAAGAGAAAGGUGGAGCUGAGAGUCAAAGACUGUCUGGUGGAGGUAAAGGAGGGGGAGGAGUCUGUCCAGCUGCCCUUCAAAACCACAGGAAACCUGCCCGUAGAUGCCACAGUAGAGUGGGAAUACUGUGAACCUGAAUGCAGGAAGGUCCACGUGUAUGAGAACAGCUCUGACCAGCCUGGCAAACAGGACGAGGUUUACAGAGGCCGAACAUCAAUGAAUGAAGACCCUCUAAAGACUGGAGACCUCAGUCUGACCCUGAAACACCCCACAGAGAGAGACAGUGGGAGAUACAGAUGUGAAGUCAAGUCUGGAUGUAAACUUCUCAGAAGGAAAAUGCUGUUUCUCAAAGGGAGAGUUCAGGUCCAGGAUCAAACAGGGGACAUCAGGAACAGAAGCAGCUCCAUUGAUCCGACUCCUCUGAUGGCUGAUCAAUCAGUUUGAUCUGUGUGUUUGGUCAAGAGUGACUUUACUGUGGAGAGUGUUGAUCAAUCAGAUGAUGCAAAAGAGUAUAGUUACAGUUCAAGUACAAAAUGGGACAGUUUUCACAAUGACAUCUUUUUUUGUCUAUAUAGUGAUUACACAACAACUUUACAUUUUCAGAGGUCUUUAUUUUUCGUCACACAGAAAACUGUGAACAUUUUCAUAUUUACUAAAUGCUUCCCAGAGGGACGGCUUUACUACACACUGUGAAUGUUCUCCAGCAGUGAUGGUGAGGAGCGUUUCCCUGAGGAGUACCUGCUGUCUCAGGAACAGGACACGUGUGACCUGUUAAAGUAGCUGUUCAUGUGUUUAUUAUCCAUCUCACUUCCACUUUGUUAGUCGGCCUCUUUAUCACCAACUUUUUACCACACAGUUGGCUGAGUCCACCAUCAGGAACAGUCCCACUGGUAUUUCUCCAGAAAUAGUCUAUAGUGUAGUUAAUAUUAUGUUUAAAUUAACUAAGUAAUUAUUUAAUUAACCACACACUCGCUGUGGAAACAAUUAGCUCAGCAUUAAUGCUUCCUGACAUUCAUCAGGUUUACUUCAUUUAAUUGUGAAAAUGUCUUUAUUGACUGUUUAAAUAUAUUUCUGUGAAUCCGAGUUAUUAAUGAAGUAAUGUCUCAUUUAGAAAUGACUUUUUAAAAUUAGUCUUAGAAUUUAGAAUUUGCUAAAAUAACUUAAUUAACUUAAUAACUGAGCUGAAUAAAUUCACUGCACGGCCAUAUUAUAUAUCCAUUAACCCAUUAGCCCCCUCUGUCGUGGCCCAGGCAGCGUCCAGCCUUCAUCCUUUUCUGUCUGUCCCUAGGGAGGAGGAAGAGGAUGAUGAUGAUGAUGACGAGAAGGAGCUACUUGAAUUUCCCAGUUUGUAAUAAAUAUCUGUAAACUUGUGA